AUGACCAUUUCCUUUCUAGCACAGGUAUUUGUCCUGUUGCAGGGUCUGCUAGACAAGUAUCUGAUCCCCAAGGCAAGUAAUGCCGAGAGCAAAGUGUUCUACCUGAAAAUGAAGGGCGACUACUACAGGUACUUGGCAGAGGUUGCCACCGGCGAGCAGAGGAACAGUGUGGUCGAGGAGUCUCAGAAGGCUUACCAGGAGGCCUUUGAUAUCAGCAAGAGCAAAAUGCAGCCCACGCAUCCCAUCCGGUUGGGGCUUGCCCUAAACUUCUCUGUGUUCUACUACGAAAUACUGAACUCCCCCGACAAGGCGUGCCAGCUGGCCAAGCAGGUAACCCACAUUUCUGGUGUGGUAGAGGAGUCUCAGAAGGCCUACCAGGAGGCCUUCGACAUCUCCAAGGGCAAAAUGCAGCCUACACAUCCGAUUCGACUCGGCCUGGCCCUCAACUUUUCUGUGUUCUAUUACGAAAUUCUCACUGCCCCUGACCGGGCCUGCCACUUGGCCAAGCAGGCAUUCGACGACGCCAUCGCGGAGUUGGACACGUUAAAUGAGGAUAGCUACAAGGAUAGCACGCUCAUAAUGCAGCUUCUCAGAGAUAACCUCACGCUCUGGACGUCAGACACCCAAGGGGACGGAGACGAGCAGCAGGAAGGUGGUGACAAUUGAUCCUCGUGUGUGCGCCGAGCCCCUUCCGCGUGCAUUCCCAUCGCGCCGCGGCCGCCCCAGCAGCAACGCCGACACCGUCGUCCCUCGCAGCAGUUGGCCGAUGGCGAUGCUGAUGCUGCUGCUGCCGACGUCGCCGCCGCUGCCGCCGCCGCCCUCUUCCUCUCCUUCCCCUUCCUCAUCGCCGCCUUCCCUUUCUUCCUACUGCCGCCGCCUCUGGUCGUCGUGGUCCUUGCCACCGCUGCGCCUCCUCACCUCACGGCCUCCCCUCCUCUGCUCUCCUCCUCCUGACUCUUUUCGUUCGUUGUCUCGUUUUCGUGUCCACCGUGUGGAAGAAGGGACACCCUCCGACCCCCCCCCCCCCCCUUUCUGUAUAUCUCGUCUUGCCAAACCUCACUUGAGGGGGAAAGGGUCUCGAAACAAAGCGAGCAUUAUCGGGCGGUCACGUUGUGUGGUGUCACUUCUUGAGCCGUGGUGUGUAGUGUCGCGGCCGCCUAAGUCUCCGCCACCCCUUGCGCAUUUUUUUUUUAAUGUCCAGAAGGGGGAGGAACGCAAGUUGGUCCAAUGUUUCGUGCUCCCAUUUUUUUCUCCCCUUCCGUUUCGAAAGGAAUUUGGCCUUCUAGAAGCGCAGUUUCUUUCUAAUGGGGGGUUUGUGUCCAUGCCCCAUCAACCGGGGUGCUCGGGUCUUGUCGGAUAGCUGGUUCCGUUGUUGCUCUCCCACCCUCCUAUUUGUGUACGCCCAGAGUUCAAGAACCCCACCCGCGCGUUUUUUGUUCCCUUGCGGUUGUGCCUAGGUGUUUUUCGUAGGGGGAGGGGGGUAGGUGGCCCAAGCUACUUGAGUGCAUGUGCCCCAACAAAACCACCCCUUUCUUCGGGUUUCAUUUGUUCACUGCUGUUUUGGUUUGUCCAAUCCACUGUAGCCAAAAAAAAGGAAGCGUCUUGCUUCCUUUCCUCUGUUGUGACAGUUCUUGGAGGGAGCUUCGACAGCAAGAAUCCCACGUCUUCCGUUGUUUUCACUUAUGUGUUAUUUUCUUCGUUUUCCUGAAUGAGGGGAGGGAGUGUUUACUGGGCUGGACUUUUUCCACACAUGACACUGGGCUGAGGCAGUGCGCGUGCCAGUCUAUACUCAGAUAAAGAGAAACUUAGGUUUAACAUUUAUUUCCAAGGAAGAUUUGUGCCUCCUGUUGGACGACGCGACGGCAGCGACCACUUUUUUUUCUCUCUCCUGCCGCUACCCUUGUCUCGGACAUAAUUUUUUAAGUGUUCAGGUUCGUGUACAGCUUUUUUUUUUUUCCUGUCCUGCAACUGUUUGUUAGAUUUUUUUUUCCCUAGGAGGAUGACGUUCUAGUGAUGCGCAGAGCUUUUUAUUUGUUCGAUAAAGAUUGAGAAGGCAGGGGGAGGGAUUGCAUAGAAUAGGAAAAAAACGAUGCGUGGCGGCCUUCUUUACACCGCCUAACGUAGGAAGCGCUUCUUUCUUUUCUUCCCCUGUGGAAUAUAAGGGAGGGGCCAGCGAAUGCCUGCGACCACUACUGUAUUUAUGAUCUUCCGUAGCUGACCACUUAUUUUUUUUUUUUUAUGUCCCCUCGAAGGCGUCACUCUCGUUGACAUCUUGUUUUCACAUGUUGGACUCUACGCUCUCCCACAACUCGGUCUCUCUCCUGUCCUCCUUGCCCUCCCUUGCCCCCUUCCUUCUCCCUCCUCGCAGCAGCAUCGUUAUAUUAAAAAAAGAACAUUGUCAUUUACCGGAGCUGUCACCCGAUUCCUUUUGUUUGCCCUCCUGUUUGCGCAUACAGUGUACUGAGAACUGAUGAUGGAAGAGAAACGUGUGCCCUUGAUUUCGA